AUGAGCGAGGAAUUGGUGCCAAUGGUGAGUGCGGAGGGACUAGAAAACCAAGAACGCGCGCAAGUGCGCUCUAACGAAAACAUGAAUUUUUAAAUGUCUGAAAUUUCAGACAAUUGGCUGGUUCGAUCUUCCAUUCGAGAUGCGUGAGAUGGUUAUGAAUGAAAUGGAUACAGUUUCAAAAGGUAGAUUAUCAUCAUGUUCGAAAGAUUGUCUGGAAGAAGUUAGAACAUCCAAAAAGUUCAUCAAAAGCAUUUCUGUCUUCUACUAUCGAAAUUCGGCGAAAAUCAAAGUGUUAUUCGAAAAUGCGCGAUCAAUUUAUCUGGAUUUCGGCGACUAUUUCCACUGUAUUCUCAUCACCUACAGCACAGCCGGACGUAUUCGAAGAGCAAGUCAAAUCAAUGGAGAAUUCGCCGAUGUUUUCGUGGAAUAUUUGCAAAAGUUUGUUGAUGUUGCGAUUCAUUUGGAAUAUUUUGAAAUUCGCGGAUACAGAUUUCCAUUUGAUAAAAUGAAUAUUCAAAGUUUGAGAAAAUUGAGAAGAAUUAUUAUUGAAGAUGAAAAAGAAGAUCUUGGAAAUUUAUUUGAAAACGGGUUUAUUGAUCCAAAACAGGUAUUUUUUAUUUUCAAAAAUUCAAUGGGAAAUAAUAGUUACUUAUCUUUCAGUUUUUCUCGAUCAAUGAGGUUCAUUUAAACGGUUUCGAGUUAGAAUUCGAACAUUUAUGCAACAUCAAAUCUUCAAUCUUCACAAUUUCCAACGCAUUUAUCCCACCAAGUGAUUUGAAUUUGUUUCUGAAAAACUGGGAAAAUGGUAAUAUUUCAAAAAAUCUUCGAAAAAUGAGAAUUUCUAUGAGAAAUUGCUUGGCAGAUAGUCGAAUUCGUGAUAUUAUUUUGAAAAAUGUUGAUGUUAUUGGAAUUCAUGAAGAAUAUUCGAGAAUUUGGGGAAAAUUGGUGAAUUUUGAUGAGGAGAAUGCUGAAUUUCACAUGGAUAAUUAUUUCUUUUUUUUGGAUUUUGGAACAUCGAAGGAUACAUUUGAUUAUUAUGGAUUUGAUAAAGAGGAUAUUUUUGACAAUUAUUGGUGUGCCUGGUGA